ACAGUAGCAAAGGGCGGGGCUAUAUUGCACCAAUCGGAAAAAAGGCUGCAAUACCGGAAACGGAAUUCGAGAGUUUGAGAGCUUUGGAAAAAAGCAGCAACAGCUAGGAUGAAUAUCCUUCCCAAGAAGUCUUGGCACGUGCGGAACAAAGACAAUGUGGCCCGGGUCCGACGAGACGAGGCGGAGGCCGAAGCACAGCGGCAAAAGAGGGAGGCCCGAGCCCUGCUUGCUGAACAGGAGGCCCGGACUGAAUUCCUCCGUAAGAAAGCACGCCUGUCGGCCCCAGGAGGUGAUAACGGCAACUUAGAAGUUCUCUCUUCAGGCGCCGAAGGGCCCUCGUGCCAUCUCAAUCUCUUUCAAGAGUUGGAAGAGAGUGGCAACAAAGAAUAUGAGGAGGAGAAGAGACGAGAGAAGGAGCAGCAAGAAAAGGCUCUGGGUAUCCUCACUUACUUGGGCCAGAGUGCAGCAGAAGCCCAGACUAGUCGUCCCUGGUACCAGGAGCUGCCACAACACAGCAUGGCUGUCGCUAAAGAUGAGAAGCUGAAAGGGAAGUUGGACCCCCUGGCCGAGAUGGAAAGACAUCUGCGUAAGAAGAAGGGAUCCCACAAGAAAGAUGGGAAGAAAGAAAAAGGGGAGCGACAGCAAAAAGAAAAAAGGAGAGCCCUGCCAGCUGGUCCUGCCCCUUCACCUGCAUCAUCCUCAUUGGAGCAAUUGCGCCAGGAACGGCUGCGCCGUGAGCAAGUAGAGCGAGCCCGUGCAGAAACCCUUCUUGCCCAGAAAGCAGGCACGCACCCACUCCAGGAAGAGGAAAUGGAUGAAAGAAAACGUGGUUACAACUCACAGUUCAACCCUCAACUGGCAAGAAAGAGGGUCUGGGAACUGCAAUGAGGUGGUGUGCCAGUGAGAUAAUAGCAGCAGCAAUGUGUUGGGGAAACGGGACCUUAUCCCUGGUUCUUAUAGCCUAGUGUCAAACAGAGGAAUGCUGAAAGAGUUAACUUUUCUUCUUUGAAGGAUAGCUGCAGAAAUAUGCAUUAUUUUCUUCUUGCUCAGUGCAGCAUACUUCAUGGACAAUCUCUGGCAAAUUAUAAACAAUAAUCAGAACUGGUCUGAUGAAGAUGUUUUGGCAUGGGGUUCUGUGGUACAGCUUACCACUAUUGUUUGGGACAAUACUGUCUGGGACAGUGAUGAGCCACCAGCCACUCAAUAAACCUAUUUGUUGAGUACUUGGUACCUUCCUGGCACAUGGAUCAAACUCUGCCUCUUUAUAGCAUCCCCUGCUUCAAGAGCUCACCUGUCCCUAGUCUUCCUCAAGGAAAUCAAUGUAGUCCAAACUCUAGAAAUGUCCAUUAUGCAGGAUAUGGAUGUUUUGAAUUGGAUUAUGCACCUGAAAAGCCCUGAACUGGUGCUUUGUGUUCAUCAGUCUCCACCAGAAGUAGUAGCCGUGUUCUCCUCUCAUAAAAUAUGAAGGCAAGGAGUGAAGCUGGAGUUGUUUGUAGCUGCUCCCGGCAGUAAAAAAUAUCCAUAUGCUAUUAUGUUUACAGCUCUCACAAAUGCUUGGGGGUGGAACUCCAUGAGAAAGCAAGCCCAAGCAUGUCUUCUAGAACAGACAGACCCUGGCUGAGGACAUGCCUCCAUCUCCCGUACCUGCUACACUCAAUUAUCACCUGCUCCUAACAUAGGGGAAGGGCAAAAACCAGUCCCCCCUCCCUCAGCCAUCCGAGUUGUUGCUGUGAUUAAAUGAUCCUUCUUUACAUAACAGCCUGCACACAGUAAAAUAGAGUAAGAAUUUUAGCCAAGUCUUCUCACUUUGUCUUGCUCAGGUUUUUUGCGGGGAGAGGGAGACUAGGAGAGAACCACAUCUAGAUACACAACUAUGAAAUAGCUGCAUAAUCCAGGAAGACUUUUACUGCCUCCCCUGCUGUUUGUGUAGGCCUAAACAGAAGAGAAACAACUUGUGAUAAGGAGGGUGUACAGAAGGUAACGGAUAAAAAUGUAAAGGGGCUUACAAAGUAGGACACAGCAGCAAGGAAAUAGGGUUUGAGAUAAAAGGAUUCUAAACCACCAAAUUUCACAGAGGAACACAGUAUGUAUCUCUCAUUCGUCUUGGGUUCCAGUGAUAGAUUAUAUAUGGUUAUUACCACUUAAUAUUCUUUUUAGCUAAUGUGGCACACACAGCAUCUGCUGUUCCAAGAACCAAAUGCCCCCAAGGGAGCUGCAGGCUCCUGCAUCAUUCAGACAUGAUAAAUACAUUGCUCUCAUUCAAACUCCACCAAACAAAAUUUCCUUCCCUCUCUUUGCAGUCUGCCAGACUUAUUAGCUGGUCCCCCCACCCCCAAUGGUUUGGACUCCCCUCACCCCAGCCAGUAGGACCAAUGCUCAGGGAUGACAGGAGUAGUUGUCCAACAUGAGAAGGGAGCGAGCUUUCCUAUCCCUGCUAUAUAUGACUAUGGUAGAAAUUAAGGACAAAGGUGGGCUCCUAAUGCCCUCCAUCAAGGGCUUAAACCUGGAAGCAGCAAUAGAGUGCUUCUCAACAGAGGAACUGACACGUCAAAGUUCAUGGUGAGACAAGGCAUGGAAAUAAGCUUCCAUCUAAAUGUUUUUAGAAGUUCCUACCCUUUCUGCUUUUAUGUAUGCUUGAAACCGGUAUUGCAGGCAAUGCUGGUUGAAGUCUCAGCAAUCUGAAAGAUCUCUGAGUAAAGCUUUUAGUUAUUAUGCUUUAACACAGUUCCUUUUCUAGUCAGGGGAAAAGGCUAAAAUAAUGGGGGGGAAACAGCUUUAAGGAGAGCCGUCUGGAGAGUUCAGCAACAAAGAGGAUACAAACUUCAGAGUAUAUGCAAAUUUCUACAUGAAAAUUGCUUUUCUCUUGUCAUCUUAUUAGCCUCCAUGCAAGUAGUGCCAGGGGGAAGAUCUAGGCAGCCAUAAGGCAUGACCCCUCAAACACUAAAUAUUAAAACACCACCCCUUGAGCCAGAGCCCUGAUGCUUCUGUGAUGCAGAAAGAGAAAGCAUGGUUAUUGAUUUUUUUUAAACCAUUUGUUCUACCCCCCACCGUUUUGUCUGCCCUUUCUCUACAAGAGAAGAAGAACACUCAUAUA